AAAGAUGGAUAAAAGGUGGAGUCUUCAAGGCAUGCCAUCGUAGAUGAAUUAUCUGCUUUUGGAGCUAGAAUCCAUGUAUGCGACAUAUCUGAAACACUGCUCAGUCAAAGCUUAAGUGAAUGGGAAAAGAAAGGGUUUCAAGUGAGUGGCUCAGUCUGUGAUGUAACCUCGCGUCCCGAGAGAGAAACAUUAAUACAAACUGUCUCCUCAUUGUUCGAUGGCAAACUCAACAUUCUUGUAAACAAUGUGGGCGGACUUCGUGAAAAACCAACAACAGAAUAUGGGUCAGACGAUUUCACUUUCCAUAUCUUAAUAAAUGUGGAAGCUGCUUUCCAUUUUUGUCAGCUUUCACUUCCUCUCCUAUAGGCUUAUGGAUUUGGAAGCAUUGUCUUCACUUCAUCUGUUGCUGGGGUUGUAUCAUUUUCUUGUGGAUAUCCCUUUAUGGUCUAGCACAAAGGAGCUCUGAACCAGUUAGCAAGAAAUUUGGCAUGUGAAUGGGCAAAAGACGGCAUAAGAGCCAACGCUGUUGCCCCUAAUUCUAUCAGGACUCCUUUGUCUCAACAAUUUUAAGGAGGCAUUUUUCAGUAGAACUCCACUUGGUCGCAUUGGAGAACCAAAUGAGGUUGCUUCACUAGUGGCAUUCUUGUGUCUACCUGCAGCUUCCUAUAUUACUGGUCAACCCAUUUGUGUUGAGGUUUCUCCUAUCAACCAUAUGCUUGAGAAUGGCCUUGCCGCUUGUUAUAAAACCGUUUUAAGAAACGAAAAAAAAAAACUGUCUUUAAAAGUGUCCGUUAUCUAAUAAAAAUUCUCACGCUGUGAGUUUAUGCACAAAAAUAUAAACGAGUUUGCUUUGCCAUUGUGGAGAUGCUAAUCUUGUGGUAUAAUAGUGAGAAUCUUAGCGACCACGCACGGCUCUUUCAAUUUUGUGGUAAUAGUGGUAAUACAAUCGUAAAAAUCUUUGAAACAAUUAAAUUUAAGCUCAGAACUAAGCCUUUACAUGUUCAACUCAUCACGUGCGAAUGAAGUUAGUUUUGAAAGAGACAAAUGCCUGUCUCUUUUGGUAGAAGAUUUUGAUUUAAAAGCCAAUUUGGCCUUGGACACUAGCUUAGAUAUUUUAGUCAUAUUCUCUCUUACGCAUGACAUUUCCACCACACAAACAAACGUAAUCAUUAAUUAUGGUUUACUACUUAUCUCAGCCAACAUUUAUCGUAUGUAUAUUAUAUAGACCUACAAGUAAUGUAUAUUAUCUUUGGCAUUUCUGGUCAUUGCUAAUCACAAAACAAAAACAAAGAAUGGAUAAAAGAUGGAGUCUUCAAGGUAUGUCUGCUCUUGUAACCGGUGGAGCCAGCGGAAUCGGGUAUGCCAUAGUAGAGGAAUUAGCUAAUUUUGGAGCGAAAAUCCACGUACGUGACAUAUCUGAAACUCUGCUCAAUCAAAGUUUAAAUGAGUGGGAAAAGAAAGGGUUUCAAGUCAAAGGCUCUGUCUGUGAUGUAACCUCACGUUCUGAGAGAGAAACAUUGAUACAAAAUGUCUCCUCCCUGUUCGAUGGUAAACUCAACAUUCUUGUAAAUAACGUGGGAGUACUUCGAGGAAAGCCAACAAUAGAAUAUGUGGCAGAAGAUUUUGCUUACCAUAGCUCAACAAACUUGGAAGCUGCUUUCCAUUUUUGCCAGCUUUCACAUCCACUCUUAAAGGCUUCAGGUUAUGGAAGCAUCUUCUUCUUGUCUUCUGUUGCAGGAGUUGUAUCAUUUGAGUAUGGAUCCAUUUACGGUGUAACCAAAGGAUCUCUGAACCAGCUAGCGAGAAAUUUGGCAUGUGAAUGGGCAAAAGACGGCAUAAGAGCCGUUGCACCUAAUGUUGUCAAGACUCGACAGUCUCAUAUCUUGAGGACGUCAGUUUCAAGGAAGAAUUGUUCUGUAGAACUCCACUUGGUCGUGCUGGAGAGCCGAAUGAAGUUGCAUCGCUAGUGGUCUUCUUGUGUCUACCUGCAGCUUCCUACAUCACUGGUCAAACCAUUUGUGUUGAUGGAGGCCUCACAGUUAACGGUUUCUCCUAUCAGUCACGGGCUUGAGAAUGGCCUUUUAAACUUGAAUAAAAAUCUCACGAUGUGAGUGUGUAUACGAAAACAUAAACUUUUUCGCAGUUCCAUUAGUUUAUUUUCUUCAAAAAAUAGAGAAGCAUGCUUAAUUACUGAUCCUUUUAAUGAUUUUCAAAUUUA